AUGACUCGCAAUUAUUCAUUCGUACUUUACUCGCCAUCGUCUUCGUUAUUUAACAAAUUCGAAUUCUCAAAAACAAACAUCAUGACUGAUCGUAAAGCUGUUAUUAAAAAUGCUGAUAUGUCGGAAGACAUGCAACAAGAUGCUGUUGAUAUUGCAACACAAGCACUUGAAAAAUAUAAUAUUGAAAAAGAUAUUGCUGCUUAUAUAAAAAAAGAAUUUGAUAAAAAAUAUAAUCCAACGUGGCAUUGUAUUGUUGGUCGUAAUUUUGGUUCAUAUGUAACACAUGAAACCAAACAUUUUAUUUAUUUUUAUUUGGGUCAAGUUGCUAUUUUACUCUUCAAAUCAGGCUAA